AUGGAUGAUUGGAUAAAAGUGGUGGAAGAGAGUGAAGAGGCUGUGGUUGCACAUGAAGUUGAUACCUACUUGCAUGAUCCUUUGGAAUUAACUACCAAAGAGGUCUUUUUUGACAUCUUGUUGUGGUGGAAGCUCAAUGGUCCUAAGUACCCUGUAUUGGCAACUAUUGCAAAGGAUAUUCUUGCCAUUCAAGUAUCAACAGUGGCAUCUGAGAGUUGUUUUAGCACUGGAGGAAGAGUAAUUGAUGCAUUUAGGAGUUCAUUAACUCCAAAAUCAGUGGAAGCAUUGAUAUGUAUGCAAAAUUGGUUGAAGGGAGAUGACAUUUCCACAAAUUUGGAAGAUGAACCUACUCAUGAAGAAUAUGAGUUUUAUGAGAGUGUUGAAUUAGAAUAUGCAAGUACUGAAGCUGCUGCCACCAGUACAAACACAUUAGGUGCAGAUUCAAAAGGAAAGGGACAUGCCAUUUAA